CCUGAAGGAGUUCCGCAGGUCCUAAUAUUGAUCACUGGUGGAAGAUCAUUUGACAGUAUUGAUGAACCGGCCUCUGCUCUCAAACAGCUGGGUGUCUUGACCAUUGCAAUUGGAACCCGAGGCUCUGACCCCAGAGAACUUGAGACAAUAACUGGCGAGCCCAGUCAUGCUGUAUCUGUGUCUGACUUCACUGACCUUCCCAAUGUUCAAGAACAGCUCUCCUCUGUAAUAAGCACAGUGCUAAUGAGGGUCACACCUUUGACCCCAACAGUGACUGGUAAGAACAUGACCCAACUUCAAAUUCCAGUGUCAUGGUAGAAAACAGUGUGAAAAGAAAGGAUAUGUGUUGUGCUGUGUUAAGUCAGCCAGUGGAUUGUUUUUUUUUGUUUUACAAAAUAGUUGUGGUUGCAAAGAAAGAGUUCAAUUUUACCAUGUUGCUUUGUAGCUGCAAAAUAUUUGAUUGACCAAGUUAAAGAUAUGGUAAAUCUCAUGUCUCUUAGUGGUCAGACAGCCAGCAGGAAAGGAUGUGGUGUUUUUGCUGGAUGGAUCUGAUGCUACUAGAAGUGGAUUCCCAGCUAUGAGAGACUUUGUCCAAAAACAAGUAGAGACACUCAGUGUGGAUGAUGGCAAAGACCGUGUGUCGGUUGUUCAGUACAGCAGAGAUCCAGCCGUCCAGUUCUAUCUGAACACUUACACCACAAAAAGAGAGGUCCUUGACAGUGUCAGAGGUUUGAGGCACAAAGGCGGACGACCCCUCAACACUGGAGCAGCUCUCCGGUACUUGAGAGAUAACGUCUUCACGGCGUCUGCCGGAAGCAGGCGGCCUGAAGGAGUUCCGCAGGUCCUAAUAUUGAUCACUGGUGGAAGAUCAUUUGACAGUAUUGAUGAACCGGCCUCUGCUCUCAAACAGCUGGGUGUCUUGACCAUUGCAAUUGGAACCCGAGGCUCUGACCCCAGAGAACUUGAGACAAUAACUGGCGAGCCCAGUCAUGCUGUAUCUGUGUCUGACUUCACUGACCUUCCCAAUGUUCAAGAACAGCUCUCCUCUGUAAUGAGCACAGUGCUAAUGAGGGUCACACCUUUGACCCCAACAGUGACUGUGGUCAGACAGCCAGCAGGAAAGGAUGUGGUGUUUUUGCUGGAUGGAUCUGAUGGUACUAGAACUGGAUUCCCAGCUAUGAGAGACUUUGUCCAAAAACAAGUAGAGACACUCAGUGUGGAUGAUGGCAAAGACCGUGUGUCGGUUGUUCAGUACAGCAGUGAUCCAGCCGUCCAGUUCUAUCUGAACACUUACACCACAAAAAGAGAGGUCCUUGACAGUGUCAGAGGUUUGAGGCACAAAGGCGGACGACCCCUCAACACUGGAGCAGCUCUCCGGUACUUGAGGGAUAACGUCUUCACGGCCUCUGCCGGAAGCAGGCGGCCCGAAGGAGUUCCACAGGUCCUAAUAUUGAUCACUGGUGGAAGAUCAUUUGACAGUAUUGAUGAACCAGCCUCUGCUCUCAAACAGCUGGGUGUCUUGACCAUUGCAAUUGGAACCCGAGGCUCUGACCCCAGAGAACUUCAGACCAUAACUGGCGAGCCCAGUCAUGCUGUAUCUGUGUCUGACUUCACUGACCUUCCCAAUGUUCAAGAACAGCUCUCCUCUGUAAUGAGCACAGUGCUAAUGAGGGUCACACCUUUAUCCCCAACAGUGACUGUGGUCAGACAGCCAGCAGGAAAGGAUGUGGUGUUUUUGCUGGAUGCAUCUGAUGCUACUAGAACUGGAUUCCCAGCUAUGAGAGACUUUGUCCAAAAACAAGUAGAGACACUCAGUGUGGAUGAUGGCAAAGACCGUGUGUCGGUUGUUCAGUACAGCAGAGAUCCAGCCGUCCAGUUCUAUCUGAACACUUACACCACAAAAAGAGAGGUCCUUGACAGUGUCAGAGGUUUGAGGCACAAAGGCGGACGACCCCUCAACACUGGAGCAGCUCUCCGGUACUUGAGAGAUAACGUCUUCACGGCGUCUGCCGGAAGCAGGCGGCCCGAAGGAGUUCCGCAGGUCCUAAUAUUGAUCACUGGUGGAAGAUCAUUUGACAGUAUUGAUGAACCGGCCUCUGCUCUCAAACAGCUGGGUGUCUUGACCAUUGCAAUUGGAACCCGAGGCUCUGACCCCAGAGAACUUGAGACAAUAACUGGCGAGCCCAGUCAUGCUGUAUCUGUGUCUGACUUCACUGACCUUCCCAAUGUUCAAGAACAGCUCUCCUCUGUAAUGAGCACAGUGCUAAUGAGGGUCACACCUUUGACCCCAACAGUGACUGUGGUCAGACAGCCAGCAGGAAAGGAUGUGGUGUUUUUGCUGGAUGGAUCUGAUGCUACUAGAACUGGAUUCCCAGCUAUGAGAGACUUUGUCCAAAAACAAGUAGAGACACUCAGUGUGGAUGAUGGCAAAGACCGUGUGUCGGUUGUUCAGUACAGCAGAGAUCCAGCCAUCCAGUUCUAUCUGAACACUUACACCACAAAAAGAGAGGUCCUUGACAGUGUCAGAGGUUUGAGGCACAAAGGCGGACGACCCCUCAACACUGGAGCAGCUCUCCGGUACUUGAGAGAUAACGUCUUCACGGUGUCUGCCGGAAGCAGGCGGCCCGAAGGAGUUCCGCAGGUCCUAAUAUUGAUCACUGGUGGAAGAUCAUUUGACAGUAUUGAUGAACCAGCCUCUGCUCUCAAACAGCUGGGUGUCUUGACCAUUGCAAUUGGAACCCGAGGCUCUGACCCCAGAGAACUUCAGACCAUAACUGGCGAGCCCAGUUAUGCUCUAUCUGUGUCUGAACUCACUGACCUACCUAAAGUGCAACAGCAACUUGAGUCCUCUGUGGAAGCUGCAGUUAUUGAAGUCACCCCAGAAUUACCAACCGUAAUUGGUAUGUUGUUAGACACAUCCUAUUGCUGGCUCCAAAAUUCACUUAUUUCAGCUACAGUGAGAACAAACCAGUUGGUAGCAUUCUUUGUUCUGACCAAAAUAGAAGUAGGCUGGCUAGUGUCUUUACGAGUGUGAGAACAAUGCAUGGUGAGCUGAACUUCUAAGAUAUUUCAUUUUUGUCCAUGACUCUUUUGAACUUCCUAGUGUUCUCUCCAAAAGUUGAAUCUGUUCAUCUGGACGUAGCGUU